AUGUUCUCUUUUUCUUUUUUUUUUCUUUUUUACAUCUGUCUUUUCUUUCUUUUUCUCUUUUUUUUUACAUCUGUCUUUUCUUUCUUUUUCUCUUUUUUUUUCUUCUUUCUUCUGGGCUUUCGGGCUUUCUUUUUUUUGUUAUGCUAUUCUUUUUUAAUUUCUCGUGUGUGUGUGUGUGUGUGUGUGUGUGUGUAUGUUGGUCUUUCCUCUGAACUUGUGUUAUUUCAAUUAAAUUUUCUUUUCUUUUCUUUCUUUCUUUCUUUCUUUUUAAAUUGUCUUUUUUACUACUUUUUUAUCUUUUCAUUUCUCUUUUUCUUUUUUAAAUUAUUUUCUACUACUUUUUCAUUUUUCUUUCUUUCUUUCUUUCUUUCUUUUUCUUUCUUUCUUUCUUCCCUUUUAAAUUGUUAUUUUACCACUUUUAUCUUUUCCCUUCUUCUUUCUCUUUUUCUUUCUUUUAAAUUAUUUUCUACUACUUUUUCAUCUUUCUUUCUUUCUUUCUUUCUCGUAAACUAUUCUCGUUUCUUUCAUUCGUUUUCCUUUUCAUUCCCAUAUUUUCUUUCCUUCUUACCGUUUUAA